AUGUACGGUUGGGGGAGUACAAUUCACGGCGAAUUAGGACUAGGAGGCAUAGAAGAGGAGCACAUCCUUGCACCAACCAAUCUAGAUUGGUCCUUGGCUAACACAGUAGUGGAAGCAGCACUAGGAGAAAAUCACACCCUUUUGUUGACGAAUGAAGGAAAGGUCUUCUCAUGUGGGAACAAUGACUAUGGACAAUUGGGUCAUGAUCAGCCACGGAAGAGGCCACGUAUGUCUUUAUUUAAAGCUGUAGGGGGUUUGGACGCUCAUCAAAUCAUUCACGUAUCAUGCGGAUCCAUGCAUUCCAUGGCCCUAAACCAAUGGGGCCAAGUGUUCUCAUGGGGCUCUGACUAUCACGGACAACUCGGUCAGAACAUCGGCGAAGACAUUUUGAUUACGCCGAAAAUAAUCAAAGCUUUUGCCUCCUAUAACAUCGUUCAAAUUUGCUGUGGUCAAAGGCAUUCCAUAGCUUUGGCAAACAAUGGGGAUAUACUGGCGUGGGGUGCUAAUAAUUUUGGGCAGCUGGGCAUCGGGGUUAACACCCCUGUUGAAGCUUCGCCGAAGGUGUUGUCGUCCUUGAAGGGGAUUCCAUUUGCUUUUAUUGCCAGUGGAGCUAAUCAUAGUUUCGCUAUUUCCAAGUCUGGUGCCGUAUAUGGCUGGGGGAAAAAUACUCGCGGACAAUUAGGAUUGAACGACAAUGAGAACAAAAUAUUUCCGACACAGUUACGUACACUCAGAAAUAUCAAAGUUAGGUACAUAGCUUGCGGCGAGGAGUUUUCCAUGUUUCUAACGAUAGAUGGCGGCGUGUUGACUUGCGGCGCCGGCAUGUAUGGUCAACUCGGCCAUGGGACUACCAGCAAUGAAAUUUUGCCUAGACAAGUGAUAGAGUUGAUGGGUUCCACCAUCACCCAGGUAGCGUGCGGCCGGCAACAUUCCUUGGCGUUGGUACCGUCUCGAGGUAGGGUGUACAGUUUUGGUAUCGGCGGUGCCGGUCAACUGGGUCUUCGAAAGCCCUCAAGUGCCUCUACUCCCCAAGUCGUCUUGGGUCCUUGGAUAUCUCCUAGCGGAGUGUCCCUCAUACCUACGGCUAGUGAUGUAAAAAAUUUGGUUAUUCAGCGAAUAUUUGCUGGCGGCGACCAUUGUUUCGUGACUGUGAUAAAAAAAGACCUUAAUGUGCCUCCGUUCGAUUGUCGCGACAUCGAUCCCAGAUCCCAAAUUUUGACCUUGACCGAUGAUUACUUAAAAACCAUCUUACGGAUAUCGCCCAAGGCGAACGUCGAUCACGACGUGUGGAGCUUCCUGGAGACCAUCUUCAAAAGUCUGUCUUGCUUGAACGGUUCGUUUCUGUUGGCCAAUGAUGAACAUUAUUAUUGCACCAGCAGGCAUCAUGGUGUCGAUAUACAGACGACUGAGACGACGUAUUCAUUGAUAGGAAAGAUUGAGAACAAGAGCAUCAAAGAGUUGAUAUGGAAUUGUAUAGUGGAUGAGUUGUUGCCUCAUUUGUCGCGUUCGCCGCCUGAUGUUGAAGCGCUUAGGAUAUACGUAACGUUGCCUCUCUAUCAUGAGUUCAAUAAUCCUAAGCAACAUACGAAAUUGCAAAAGCCUUUCGCCAGCGCUGUACUUAACCUCAAGAAGCCCGCUAGUAAGGUAGUGUCCGGUUGGUGGAGCAUGAUGAGCUGUGAUUAUUUCGAGAGGCUGGUCAAUGUUUUCAAAUCGGUGGCUAGUUAUAUAUUAAGAAAUCAAAAUAUACCGGAAGGCAGGAUAGCCUUCUACGAUGCUAGUCUAGUCGCCAUGUUGGAUCUGCUCGCGUUCCUGAACAAAAUAAACCACAGCGUCGAGGGCCUAAAAGUGCCUUAUGACACUUUUCAUAUGAACGAUCUUUCCGAUUAUCUCGACGUCCGAUUGGAUUACGUCUAUUGGCUCUCUGACCAUGGGACAGGUAGAUUGUUUCUGUGUAAUUAUCCCUUUGUAUUCGACGCCAAUGCCAAAGUGCAGUUGUUGGAGACGGAUCAAGCCAUGCAGAUGCAAAAAGCCAUGAACGAUGCUGCUCAAAGAGCCGUGGUUGCCAUGUUGUUUUCGCCUCAAGACUUCCAUUCCAUCAACAGCUUCUUAAUGUUGAACAUCAGCAGGGAACGCAUAGUUGACGACGCCUUACGAGAGCUCAGCCAUGUUGAUCCUAACGAUCUCAAAAAACCUUUGAGGGUCAAAUUCGCUGGCGAAGAAGCUGAAGAUGCCGGAGGUGUUACCAAAGAAUUCUUUUUGUUGCUCUUACGGGAAAUUUUGGAUCCGAAGUAUGGAAUGUUUCAGGAAUACGAGGAGACUAGAGCGAUAUGGUUUUCGGAGUCGUGUUUCGAGGAUAAUUCCGUGUAUUUCCUUAUAGGUAUGAUCUUGGGCCUGGCGAUUUAUAAUUUUACUAUCAUCGACAUUCCCUUUCCUCUGGCUCUUUACAAGAAACUGUUGGGUGAACCUGUUGGGUUGAGCGACCUUAAAGGUUUAUCACCCAGCAUGGCCAAUUCAUUGCAAUGUUUGCUCGACUAUCAGGAAGCCGAUAUGCAAGAGGUUUUUUCAUUGACCUUCGAUAUAACCCGUGAUUCUUUCGGUCAAACUGUUACCAUUCCACUCAAAGUCAAUGGUUCUGAUUCGCCGGUCACUCAGGAGAACAAACAGGAAUACGUCGAUCUGUAUGUCAAUUACAUCUUCAACGAGAGCGUAGCUCAGCAAUAUGAAGCCUUUCACAGCGGAUUCAUGAAAGUUUGCGGUGGGAGGGUGUUGCAACUGUUCCAUUCGCACGAAUUGAUGGCUGUGGUUAUAGGAAACGAAAAUUACGACUGGCAUGCGCUCGAAGAAGUCGCCGAAUACAAAAACGGAUAUACGUCUUCUGACCAGACCAUCAGAUGGUUCUGGGAGGUGAUACAUGAGAUGUCGUUAGCUGACAAGAAAAAGUUUUUGCUGUUCCUGACUGGUAGUUAUAGAAUUCCCAUUCAGGGAAUGAAGGGCAUUAAGAUUUUCAUCCAACCGACGAACGACGAGAAGUUCCUGCCCGUCGCCCAUACGUGUUUCAACUUACUCGACCUGCCGAAGUAUCGUACUAAAGAACGCCUCAAGUACAAAUUGAUGCAAGCUAUACAGCAAACCGAAGGCUUCUCUCUUGUCUAA